UUAACGGUGCAGUAGAUCUACACAUUUUUGCGAUUUUACUUUCAUUCGCAGAAAUAGCAGAAAUUAAUAUCUGUGUGCUGUAAAUAUUAGGCAAUUAAUCAAGGCUGCAAUAGCCAUAGAUAUAUGUAUAUGAUCUAGUCUAGCUAAAUUUUUUGUUCAAGACACUAUGGUAGAUCUAUACAAAGAAGAUCUCGGAUCUAUAUCUAGAUUUAAGCCUAUCUGUGGGAAAAACAAUUAUCUUGAAGGCAAUCCACUGUCUUCUCUACUAUGUUUCAGCUUCACCUCUGCCCCAGAAACAUUACCAGCUCGCAGAACUAGAACGUGAUGUUCUAAGAAUUGACAAUUUGAACAAAGCAACUGAUGAAUAUAGUGAAUAUGGGGGUCAAUCAAUCAUUGCCCUUGAGUCACCUUCACUGGGUACACACGCUGCUAUAAUUAUGUACAGAACAUUGAAAUUCUACUUAUUAUACAGUCAUUGACAAAGAGACUGUCUUCCUGGAAAAGCUCAAAACUCAGACUAUACAUCAGGUUACGGAGACAGUCUUGGGAAUGCUCAAAACUAAGACUAAAACUGACGUCUUGAAUGGCUUACUGGAACUGCUUAAAGCUCAGACUGAAACUGAGGAUUUUUUGGACAAUGACAGUAAGAAGCAAUAUAAAGUCAUUGAAACAGACGAGAUUGUCUUCCUGGAAAAGCUCAUAGCUCAGACUGAGGGAAUGCCGCAGGGGGCACCUAACCAGAUCAAGGAUAUGCUAAAGUUUAAAGUUCUCAAUGCCAUGAAUCUACGAAUUAGUAAUAUCAUCAACUUCAAACUAAUGAGUAAAGUUAAACUAAAGCUGAAGAAAAUCGAAGAACCGUUAGAUAAUCAGCAAGAAGAUAUGAACACAGACGUGCAACAUAGUGAACAUUUUGCCGUCAGCUACCGUGUCCUUACCAACUGCUAUACAAAAUUAAGGAACGAAUUACAACAUGCUAUCCCAAACACUGAUGACGACUCUAAAGUUGGCCCCACACAUCAAUCAAUCUCUGUCUCUUCCAAGAAAUCAGAAAAUGGUGAAAAACUUGUUAAAAAUGCUCAACCAAGUGAAGGAAUUAACCACAAACAUACCCGUCUUAUCGCCGAAUUAACGCAUGAGGAACCUAGCCCCAGAUUUACCCACGCUCAGAGUGAAUACAUUAACCACAAGUAUACCCGCGUUAUCAGCAUAUUGCGGAGUGAGAACGAUACUCCCAUAUCGUCUACAAAAAGUUAUAAUGCUGCCACUGUAAGGGGCAGCAAAAAUAGUAGCAAAAGCAACAAUGGGAACAAAGACUCCACUCCUGGUAAACGUGACAAUGAAUCCUCUUCUCAAAGAGGAUCUAACUCUUCCGGUCAAAACACAUCGUCAUCAUCAUCGAACGGUAAUUGUGGAGGUGCCAGUGGGUGUGGUGGUAGCGGAGGAAAGGAUGAUGAUGAUGAGGGACAUGAAGACAAUCACAGAAGAAUUACAAAGGAAAUUUCUGCCGAAGAAGAAUUUAACGAAGAAGCCUCCAAAGAUGUGGAGAAAAAGCAGAACAGCUCCGAUGAUUCUGCCACUAGCGAGGACAAAGAUGAGCCAUCUCACAAUUGUGUCGAUUCUCCCAUUGAUAGCUCUAGCAAGAAAGCAGACAGUGACCCCACUGCAGGGUUGGACAUGUACAGCCCUCUCACGGAGCCCAUGGACCCCCCUGUAUGGUUUGACAUGUACAGCCCUCUCAUGGAGCCCAUGGACCCCCCUGCAUUGUUUGACAUGUACAGCCCUCUCACGGAGCCCAUGGACCCCCCUGUAUGGUUUGACAUGUACAGCCCUCUCACGGAGCCCAUGGACCCCCCUGUAUGGUUUGACAUGUACAGCCCUCUCACGGAGCCCGUCAACUGCACAACUGCCACUGACUGUCUGAAUAAGCAAAGGGACUCUGAUACAAGUACAAAUGAGCCAUCUUUUCAACUGCACACCGAGCUCCUUAAUGAUUCUAUGCUGAACAAAAAACAACAUCAACCAACAAAGCAGCAGACAAUAAAAACAGAGCUCAGAAUUGAACUGUCAUAUGAUGAAACUGAAGAACAUGUGGAAGAGAAGCGUACACAGCUCCAUCCAGAUCAACCUUCACUACUUCUGCUGAACAGAAAACCCCAAACACUCUCAACGCAGCAGACAGAAGAAACAGAGCCCAUAAUUGAGCUAACUAAUCAUUGUUCUGUUGAAAGGGGAGGACAAGUGAAUGAGAAGCAUGUUCACCUCCAUGCAAACCAGCAACAUGUUCAACUGCACUCAGAGCAGUCUGAUGAUCAGGAACAUAUUCUGCUGGACGGUAAAUCACAACUGCAACUGGCAAAAGAAAAGAACCCCAAAAACAAACUGGCAGAUGAUCCUCCUUCUGAAAUUGAAGUGAGGGAGAAGGAUGCUCAGCUCCAUGAUAAUCAGCCAUCUUCUCAACUGCCCAUCGAGCUCCCUGAUGGUCCACUAUUGAAUGGAAAACAACAACUACCCACAAAGCAGCAGACAAUAGAAACAGAGCCCAGAAUUGAGCAUGAGCUGACAGGUUACUCUCCUUCUGAAAGUGAAGGACAAGUUGAAGAGAAGCUCGAUGCAAUUGCAGACCCGCCCACUGUUCAACUGCACACCGAGCAGUGUGAUGAUCAGGCACCUACUCUGUUGGACGAAAAGUCACAACUGCAAGAAAAGAAGCCCACAAUUGAGCUGGUAGAUAAUCAUCCUUCUCAAAAACCUGUGGGUGUAGGACAUGUGAGGGAGGAAACUCGACUCCAUUAUGCUACUCAGACAACAAGUCUUCCUCGUACUGAAAGUAAAGUACUGCCAGAGUCUGAAGAUGCGAUAAGAAAAACGAAACUCUUCCCUAUCACUAGAGUGAACAGGCAGCCUGAUAAUGCCUUAAAACCAAAACAUAUUGCUCAAUCGAGAGAAGCUCAUGGAAGUUCAAAAGCCAUAGAACCAACUUUUAAGAAAGCUCAGCCACCCACUAAACUGGCAGCAAAACAAGGAAACAAUCGGACUGUUAGAAAAUCUCAGCAAUCUGUCGAGCAAACACAAUAUAAACAGACACCUAACCCUACAAUAGUGAAAUGCAAAAAUAACAAUGGGAGCAAAGACACCACUACUGGUGGUAAAUCUGACAAUGGGUCCUCUUCUCAAACAGGAUCUAACUCUUCCAGUAAAAACACAUCGUCGUCAUCAUCAUCAUCAUCAUCGAAUGGAGAUGGUGCAAGUGCCAGUGGGUGUGGUGGUAGUGGAGGAAGGGAUGAUGAUGAGAGAAAUAAAGACAAUCAUAGUUCGUAUGAGGAUAACUCCACCGACGAAGCGUCUAGUGAUAACGAAGAAACCUCCGAGAAACAGUCACAUGACAUCACUACACCCCAGAAAAGAAAAGUAGGGAACAAACUUCAACAGCAGAAGCAGGCUGUGACUGUUGAAGAAGCCAAAACGUCUUCCAAGGGCAACAACGCACUCAUUCCUGCGACAAAACCUCGAAGUAGGCAACCGAAAAAGAGAAAAAAAACCGGUACAGUGCGUGGUGGUGACGUGGCUCUUGACUACAACAAUUCCGAUACUUCUACCCGUAGCAUAGCCGAACACAAGCAACCCAGCGAUGACAAAAAUAUUAUCAAAACUGAUGACAGUGGUGCUGAUGAUUACGAAAGUGAUACCUCAGAAGUGAAAUUGAAACCUUUUCAUUUACCAGUCAGUCCAUCGGCCAGUUCUUCUUCACUAGAAAUUGAACCAAAACUUGACAAUAGCUUUCACUCUUUGUUAAAUGGAGCAGCACUAUCAAGCUCCCCAGGCAGUCUUGUUUCACCACACCAAGUUCGUCCACCCGAACCUGCGCCAGUUGAAGCUCCACGAAUAGAUAAAGCACCUGCUAAUGCAUCACAAUUGGUCCGGCCUCCUGAAUACUUCAGUUUGACUGGAAGAAAGAGUAAAACCGUACUCCAGCAUGCAAAUCAGCAAGACACUUUGGACGAAGCACGACAGGAAUGUAGAGCAUUAAUGGUACCUGCUACUACAUCACAAUUGGUUCGGCCUCCUGAAGACCUCAAUGUUAGGAAGGACAACAAGAAAAAGAAGAAAACUAAAACUAAGAAUGAAUCAUUAGUGGCUUCUGGAGCGAGUUUGGCACCUGUUUGCAUAUCAAGACAAACUAAUUGUGGCAUUUUCGCUGGCAGCAAUCACACUCAGCUUUGCUCAGGACGCCCACUGGAAACUAACACAGCUCGAUUAGAGUGCAGUGCUCCAGGCCAGAUUUCAGAUCCCCCACAUCUGCUGACCAGGUUUCAUCAUCCACGUCCGCCAGAAGAAAAUGUCAGUCAAGGACAAAAAAACAAAUCAAAAGAUGAACCUCUUCCGGACUGUCACAAGGUUCGUCCCCCAGAGCCAACAGAUGUAGAGGCUGAACAGUUUGCUGCUCCAACUCAAGUAACAGGAUCACACUCUUCAUCAGAAUUGGUUGUGUACUCACAUUGGAGACGCCGCAGAUGUCAUGAAAUGAACACUGCACAUCCGUUCCACUAUAUUCGCCCACCGUCGAAUCAUUAUAACGGUCCAACACUGUUCAUGGCAUUAUCUGGUUCUGAUGCUGGGAACGAAUUAGCCCCUAGCCCUGGAGCUGUGGUGUUAGCUAGUGACCCAAGCACUGGUCAAAGUGGACCUUUAAUGGAAGCUACUAAUUGUAGGCCACGGCAGUGCUUCUUCAAUGUUCAUGGCAGACGAGGCAAUGGAGUCCUUCUUCGUCAGGAAAUUUGUGACUUUGUGACGUUGGAUGACGGUGCCAAGGAGCUGUGCCAAGUGAUCGUCGACAUCAUACAGUUCUUGCGUCAGAAACAACACGGACUAACCACCUUGGAGUCAAUCACAAUCGAUGUACCUAGAGCUAUUAGUAUCCCAGAGUCUCAUCUAGUUCCUCUCAACAGUCAUCAAACAGCAAUAACUCUUGGAUUGCUGGUCAGACUUGUUGAGGAGUUCCUUGACCUCUGGGAGCGAAGAUAUCCAGGAUCCGGUUCUGCUGCAAUCAGUUCUCUCCAAUUGUUUGUGAGCUGGUUUCGUGGUGUAGAGAGCAGUGGUCAAGGUGUAGAGACAGCUCUACUGGGAGAAGCACUCCUAAAGCUAAGAACACAUUAGCGGACAUAUACGGUGGCGUACAUAUAAUUAUGUAGUAACUAUUUUCUUGUAUGUAGCUUUUAGACAAAGUGUAUAUUUUAUGAAUAACGGUUAAAAAACUGUUCAAGUUAAGCCCUAGGUAGUUUAUAAUUAUGUGAAGAACCCGUUAUAUUAGUUUUAGCAAAUUGAAUAUCUUUAUACAAUAAUUAUUUUUGGCACUCUUUUAUUUACCCUAUUUUUGUAUCCUUGGUAAUUUCAAUUGUUACCUUCACCAACAACCAUACAAGUAUAUUAUUAUUAUUA